GAAAAGUGAAUGAUAAGCACAAACCAACGUCUAUGAAGCCAGCGUUAGAACUCUCGUGUCUUCUUUAACCCUCAAUCAGCAACGUGCGCCCUCCUCGGGUCAAGCUCAGUCAGCACUGCACCGCAAAUUUUUCUUUGCCCCUUUCGAUGAGUAACGCCACAGACUCCGCCGGCGAGAUCCCACCGGAGACGAGGUCCGCCGAGAGUGACGGUGGUGGGCCCCGGCCCACGAUUAAGAUCAAUGUUACGCACGGUUCCUCUCACCACGAUUUACACCUCCCGGCCCAAUCAACUUUUGGGGAUGUUAAGAAACUCCUUGUCAAUAAAACUGGUUUAGAGCCUGCAGAGCAACGACUUUUCUUCAGAGGGAUAGAAAAGGGUGAUAACCAGCGUUUGCAGGCUGAAGGUGUAAAGGAUAAGUCAAAACUUUUUCUUUUGGAGGGCAUUGGUAGCAAAGAGAGGAAACUUGAGGAAACCAGAAAAGAAAAUGAGAUGUCUAAAGCUUUUGAGGCUAUUGCCAGUGUUAGAGCUGAGGUGGACAAGCUCUCAAAUAGGGUGACUUCCAUAGAAGUAUCUAUUAAUGGGGGGAACAAAGCUUCCGAGAAAGAGUUUCUUGUGCUGACAGAGUUGCUUAUGAGUCAAUUGCUGAAACUGGAUGGUAUUGAGGCAGAAGGUGAAGCAAAGUUGCAGAGAAAAGCUGAGGUGAAUCGUGUGCAAAACCUUGUGGAUAAAUUAGAUUCUCUAAAGGCAAGAAACGCCAACCCUUUUAGCAACAGUAGCAAUGAUGUCAAAGUAACAACCCAAUGGGAAACCUUUGAUUCUGGAAUGGAAAGCUCGGAUGCCCCAUCCGAUAACUCGUCUUCAACGAAAGUAACUCAAGAUUGGGAGCAGUUUGAUUAAAUCUUGUACAUCAUACUACUGUCCCUUCAUCCUUUGUUCGAGAUUCAUAUAUAUAUUGAGAGGUCUUGGUACAACGAUGUUGCCUUGUGAUUUGGUAGGCAGAAAUUUUAAUUGCAGAAAUGUUCUCUCCGCUUAGGUAAAGUUGCAUAUGUUAAUCUAUCUCGUGCACUUAGUUUUAGGCAAAACAUGUAAAACCAAAUUGUAUUCUUGUUACUUGAAUAUAUUAUUGCAUGUUUUCUAAAAAUUUGAGCUGUGUAUAUAUUCUUUGUGCAGGAUGGGGUUGACUGUA